UCAUCAAUAAGGCAUCUCUUCCGGUCGCUUUCGUUUGAUGUUCACCAUCAGUUUGCUCACACUUCAUUACGAGUCCUGACAUUAAACCUGCUGAUGAAUUUGAUGGAAGAUGUCGUUCGACUUAGCAUUAGACUUGGAUAACAAUAAGCAUUGUUUCAUGAUGAACCCGCAAACCGGCUUGUCCAUAGACCAGGGAGGCGAGUGGGACUUCAGUCUUUUUGAUGAACUUGACUCCCUGGAGGAUGCAGAUGAUUUGCUGAAUGCUCUUCAGAACCCUGACUAUACCUGUGAGGCUCCAGAACUUUCCUUUGAUAUUCCUAUACCUGAAUGGACUGAAGGCUAUUACACAAACGGCGCCUGCACAGAUGGUGAGGUGAGCAGACACUCCCUGUCACCUUCUCACACAGUGAGCUCCGUCCCCUCCCCCACAGCUGCAGAGGCGCUGUCCCCCUACUCCUUACACGAUGACGCUUUGUCCCCACAGUCUCAGGCUUCCCCAGUGUCUGUGUGCUCCGACUCUAGUGGGUUUUCUGAAAUCCCUCCCCCUGUGAAGAAAGCACUGAAAAGGACCAGCCAGACUGCACGAGCCAAACCAGGGCAGUUAAGCAACAGGCCCAUUCAGAUGAGCGCUAAAGUUUCCAUCCAGCCCAAACCAGUGAUUGCAGCUGUACCCUUGGCUCACGCAGCUGCUCCCCUGCAGCCCAAGACAAUCAUCAUCCAGCCCUUACAGACCACCAUGUUGCCUGUGGUCAAAGCUCCAAUCAGCAUACAGCCAGCGCCCUCUCCAGGCCGGUCCAUUGUGUUGUCGCAACCAAGCCAGUUGCUACACAUCAAUACCCCCCAGGCUGUCACUGGCAGCGUUGUCCCCAUGCCGGCACUGGGCCAGGACAGGCCUGUCGUCGCACCGCCGGUGGUCACGCUUCGAAGCCCUUCUUCGGAUGACGACACAAAGUUUUCCCAGAGACAGCAGCGCAUGAUAAAGAACCGGGAGUCCGCCUCACUGUCCCGGAAGAAGAAGAAAGAAUACCUGCUGUCACUGGAAGCACGUCUGAAAGUGGCACUCUCUGAGAACGAGGUGCUCAAAAACGAGAACGGCAGCCUCAAGAGGCAACUGGAAGGCCUGCGGAGUGAGAAUUCUGUGCUGAAGGCAACGGCCCCCAAGAGACGAGCUGUGUGCCUCAUGGUGGUCUUGGUCUUCCUCAUGCUCAGUGUGGGCCCAAUAAGUCAGCUUCAAGGCAACUCAGAUUCUGGGCUGGAGGUUGUGCCCGUUCAACACAGUAGACACCUCUUGGGUUUCUCCCCAGAAACGGACAGCAAAGUCGUGACGGGCACCGGACCUCUUGAAAGUCGCCGCGUCGAGCUGCCCGACAGUGCUGAGGACAAGGCCCUGAUGGUGGUGAAGGAGCUUAACUUCCUCAGGCCACCUCCCCCCUGCCUGCCGCCUGUUAAUAGGACCAAAUGUAUUAAGCUGGUGCAUGAGUUGAGGGGGUGGGUCCACCGUCAUGACGUGCAGCUGACCAAAUCCAGGCGCAUGAGUAACAGCCACCUCAGACCCUCCAGGAACUUUCUGAAAACUGAGCAUAAGGAUGCUGAGAGCUCCCAGAUUGUGACUGUUCCCUAUGCCAAAAAUGCCAAAGAAAAGACCCUUGGCAGCGAGCUACAGGUUUAUCACAGACCCCCUCACACAUACAGUGACUUCUUCGCUGAGAUAAACCGGCGAGGUGACACAUUCUACGUCGUGUCUUUCCGGAGGGAUCAUCUCCUACUUCCUGCCACCAACCACAAUAAAGGAAGUCGCCCCAAGAUGUCUGUGGUGUUGCCUGCCAUGAACAUAAACGACAGCAUCAUUGGAGACAAGGAGUUCGAGGUGAUGAUGCAGAUCGAUUGCGAAGUGACUGACACCAGAAUUCUCCACAUUCGCUCGGCCACCAUCCCACCAAUGCUGCGGGUCAACCGCACGCAAACCUUUUAUCAGCGGUCCCCGGCAGACGCCCAGGCUUCUGCUCCUCUCGGGGUGCUUGUAGGGUCUGCUUAGGGGAACCUUUGGCAUAGAAUAUUGGUAAAAACAACAACAAAAAAUGAAGCAGACUAUUUCACAUUAAUCUUGUCACCACAUUCUUUGUUGUGGCCUGAAUUCCGGAUAGUCGUGUAAGCGGUUGGAACUAGCUCCUUAUGUGGCUGCACUGACUUCCCCAUAUAACCCCAGACGUCCCACGUACAGGUAAUUGCUUAGCAGCGGGGGGCUGAGCAGUGAACCCUGAGUCACCCCAUCACAACACAAAUGCACCAUAGCAGCUCUAUUUUGAAGUCCACUUCUAUUUUUUUCAUCCUUGUCUCGAUCAACUAAGAUAAAGAAUAAUAUUCCAACUUCCACAUCUUUUUUACAAGGCAAAAAACAGCUGAAUGGGGACUGCUACGUUGUUACUCAUAAAUUAUGAAGAAAUACUAUAGGAGGUUCUACGCCGCUACAAACAGGAAGCUCAGGAAGUCAUAUUCUCUGAACUCUGACCACUGUGUAUAUCCUUUGUGUCUGUGUCUUGUUUUUUCUACUAUAAUAGAAACUAUUGCUUUUAUGUGAAAAUAUUUGAACAGAAACAAAUGUUUAGUGUAUUUAUUUUGAUUGUCAUAACCUUUGACAAAUGUGUAUUUUCACUUCUGUAAAUUGGAUUGUGUAAAAGUGUUGUAGGGAUUUCCCCCCCCCCCCCAAAAAAAAAUUGCUUUUUGAGUUCAGAAGUUGUCUUUUAGGGGAAAAAAUGUGCAACGGGGUGGGGGGGCUACACAGUGCACUUCAACACUUUUGAAUAUAAAACAUGAAAUUGGGCGGGGUAAUGACCAAGUUUUAGUACCUUGUACGGCUGUAUAGAUCUCGAAUGUUCAGUUCUGGUUAAAGAUGUCUCAUUAGCAAUUGAUAUUAAAAAUGUAUUAUGUUGGGGGUGGGUUCCCUAGUUCAGUACAUAUGUUUUGCUACUUGCUUAUUUUAGCCUGUGUCAGACAAACGUUGAUUCCCAUGUCACUGCAAGCCAAUUAUACUUAAUAUAACAUGGAAGAUGUUUUGUGUGUACACCAAAAUAAACACUGGAUUUUCCGUUUGUGUA